AACACACACAGAGUGAGUGAGUGCGUGAGCGAGAGAGUGAGUGAGAUCGCGGGGGAGAGAGCUUCUUCUUCAAUCCAGGGUGGUUCAUGUUCGCAGCUUUCUUUCUCUGCCUGAUCCUUCCAUUUCUACACCAUUCCCUUCCCUCACUCCAGAGCCCAUCUAAUUUGGCCUCCCACUUCUCUCGCCCAUGCUUUCCUUUGCAAAUUGGUUCGUCUCUUUGCUUCUCUUUUCCAUUUUCCUGUCUCCUUUAUACUCCUCCGGUGAAGGACAAGCGCUUUCAUAGGUGUAUUGGAGGCAUCCGUAUAAUUUUCGCUUUUGUCAAUUUUGCUAGUUAUUGAAUGAGGAGUUCGAUACCCUCGGCAGUCAAGCCGGAGGGCCCUUGAUAACCCUGAAUGGCCAGCUGGGAUCAGUGGCUCUUCUGACAGCUUCAGGUCAGAGUCAGAGAUAGGGUGAGAACAUUCUGAUCGAUGCCGCUCCGACCUAGCAAUGAUCGUUACUCCAGGUGCACGUGUUUCUUCUUCAAUCUCAUCGAAAAUGUGCGACGGACUGAGUCGAAGGCCAUCUUGAUUCGGCCCCCAGAAAUUCUUCAGACUCGGAAGUGCCAAGAAUCACCUUUAGCUAGGACGUUGUCAUCGUCCCUUGAUUUCGAUUCAACCUCACAGCCCAAGGAAAGUUUGUUGCACUUUUCAUCUUCUGUAGGGUACGUGGAUGGGAUAAACAGGGUGGUGACAAUAUCCUCGAAAUCAUGUCAUUCUGAAUGGAAGAACCGGCGAUUCAGUAUCUCUGAAAUUAGCGAUGGAAGCUCAUUUCUCAAAGUUGCUUCAAGGUCAUUUAUCAAGAAGGGUCGUUCCUCUAAUGGGUCAAAUCUUAACCCCUCAUUCUUGUCUAACGCAUUUGUUAAGACUUCAAUGCGUGGAUGGAAUGUUACCAAAAUCCAAACUAAAAGUUCAGCAGAGAGGGGGCAGUUUUGGAGUGAUGAGAGGCGUGCUCACAUGGGCCAUGCCCACGACGAUGUCGGCCACGAAUCCCAGGAGAAGCUCAGUGCACAUGGAGAGAAGGUCCUGCGGUGGGGCCUUUGGACAGAUAUACUACUGACCAUCGGCAAAGGCGCAGCUGGAUAUGUAUCUGGCAGCACCGCUAUUAUUGCGGACGCGGCACAUUCUGCGUCGGACAUUGUGUUGAGUGGAGUUGCAUUGUGGACGUCAAAAGCGUCGAAUGUUCCUCCAGAUAAAGAGCAUCCAUACGGCCAUGGAAAAAUUGAGACCAUGGGCGCGCUGAGCAUAUCAAUUCUGCUUUUAGUAACCGGUGGUGGAAUUGCAUGGACUGCAGUUGAUACUUUACAGGUCAUGAUACCAUCAAUGUUGGCUUUUCAAGACACAGUCCAAACAACGAUAGGCGCUGCAGCACAGCUGGAAGUUCACAGCCAUGGCCACGAUCAUGAGCAUGGAAUUGUGGGACAUAAACAUGUACUCGACAUGGAACAUAUGGGAGUUGCGCUUUUUGCUGCGAUUGUUGGCAUUGGAGCCAAAGAAGGCUUAUAUUGGAUAACAAAAGCGGCUGGAGAAAGGGCUGGCAGUGCCUUGCUGACAGCCAGUGCAUGGCAUCACCGCAGUGAUGCUAUAUCUUCCGUUGUUGCUCUCAUUGGUGUUGGUGGAGCAAUGAUCGGUAUUCCACUGUUGGAUCCAGCAGCGGCACUGCUUGUAUCUGGAAUGAUUGUAAAAGCAGGCCUGCAGACGGGUUAUCAAAGCAUGCAGGAGCUGCUGGACAUGGGACUACCUGAGACAGUACUCGCGCCUAUCCACGAAACUGUUUUAAAAGUUGAUGGUGUUGAGGGUAUUCAUCAGUUGAGGGGCCGGCGAAUGGGUUCAACUGUUCAUGUGGAUGUUCAUAUUGAGGUGGAUCCGUGGCUUAGUUUAAGUGCAGCCCAUAACAUCGGGGAGGCAGUCAGGCAGCAAGUGCGAGCGCAUCAUCCAAAUGUCACAGAGAGUUUUGUCCAUAUAGACCCAGCAUCGCAAGGCCCUGGUGAAGUGGAGCUUGAGACUGUAGAUGCAAGCAAGCAUUACAUCGGGCAUCGCCAUGAUGACCAUAUUCACACAGAUCAACAUUCUUUCCAACAUCGUAAGGAUGAAAAUACCUGCGAUCACCACCACGAUCAUGAUCAGGAUAAGUAUGAUGCCAGUAAUGGAGAAUGUCCAAAAGCUGAACUUUUAGCAUCGGGUGGCAUGAACUCUGAUAAGCAUGAAGGUGCACCAUUUCACAAAAUAUAUGGUUCUUUACAGCAAUCUGAGGUAGAACGCGUUGUCCGACAUGUACUUGACGCCAACUUUCGUGAGGCAGUGAAAGUGAAGGUUGUUACAUGUCAUUUUUUGCACGGCAAAGUGGUUGCGGAGGUGGGGGUCUCUUUGGACCCCAAUCUUUCCAUCAGAGAUGCUAUGGAGCAUGCAAGCGAUAUUGAGACUUGUCUACUUCGCAACGUGAGAGACCUAUCAGCGGUCCGCGUACAACUCAAUCUUAGCAGUAGAUAGAGGUUUCAGUGCGCCUCGAAUUGGUGAAUGAUCUCCCUAUAUCAAUAAAUCAACACUAACCGUUUGUAUACAUCUCCUGAAGUUAUUUCGGAUCUGAAAUCCAGCUCCCUGGCAGAUUUAUUGAAGAGCAAGAUUCUAGAGCCACUUCCUCAUAGAUUCAGUGAGCGUAAUAAGCUGCGGUGUAUGUGUUGGCGGACGUAGCGGACCUUCUCCUGCUACAUACGAUGUGGACAUCCUUGAUGUGCUGUAUUUAAUUACCUGCCACUCAAAUCGGUUUGAAAGCAUGUCAAUUUCAAAGCAAAAGGACUGUAGCAAAUGAACAUCAUUUCAAAUUUUCUAUUA